AUGAUGUGCUGAGAACUGAACGUGCUUCAUAUGUGAAGGAGAGAUAACACAUAUAUGUCGCUGUCGUAUCGUGUCGACCAGUUUUAUGAGGACUAUAUAUAUCGGCCACUCGAAACACCUAUAAAGAAGAAGACAAAUUCGAUUGUUGAACAUUUGAGGAUGAAGCUGCACGUGGCCUUGGGGAUCUGUGCGCUCUUUGUCCUGUUCGUCAUCCAUCUCUCUCCUGCUGAGGCGUCUCCUCUCUCUCAGGAUGAGUCACGCUUCAUGGCUGAGAUGAUGAACGAAGUGAGUGAUGAUCUUGAGCGAUCACCGAGGGCUUGGAUGUUGCCAGCAUGGAGUGUUGCAAAAUGGAUCCGUAAAAAAUACAAGAAACAUCGUAAUCGUUACCGUGGCUGAACAUUGAUCAACAUUCCAGAAAAAUCUGAAUCAUGAAACUUGGACUAUCUACAGAGAACAGGUUAUAAAUAAUGUCUAAUGCAUGAA